AUGUCGCAAAAUGUUGGAAGUACGGCAUUAGCCAUGGCACGAACAUGGCAUCAUGUUUCAGCAAAGAAUGCAAUUUUAGGUAAAUUGGCAGUAGAUAUUGCGGAAUUAUUGAUGGGAAAACGUAAACCAAUUUAUGAUCAAGCUAUGGAUAUUGGAGAUUAUGUCGUAGUUACCAAUUCACGUCACGUUGCCGUUACAGGAAAGAAAGCACAUCACAAGCUGUAUAGACAUCAUACAAUGUAUCCUGGAGGAUUGAAAGAGAUCAAAUAUGAAGAUAUGAUGGAGAAGAAACCGGAUGAGAUCAUUCGAAAGGCUGUAUCGGGAAUGCUGCCAAAGAACAAAUUCCGCGAUAGAAGAUUGGAACGCUUGCUGAUAUAUCCCGAAGAAGAGAACCCACACGAGGCAAAGUGA